AUGACAUUUUAUUCGGAAGUUAUCGAAGAUUUCAAGCAACUUUACGAGGAUAGAGAAAAUGCCGACGUGAUAAUUUAUGCUGGCGAGGAGCUCAAGGAAUUUCGCGCUCAUUCUCAAGUACUACUCACCCGUUCUUCUUAUUUCCGUGGAGGAAUACUUUCGCAUGAGUGUGCAAAUAAUCAAGGUGUUUAUUUUGUUUUUAAAAAGCCUAAUAUCACCUCUUUUACAUUCGAAGUGAUUCUUAAGUUUAUCUACAUUGGGUUUAUAAACCGGAAUGAACUGAAUAAUGCGAAUGUUUCCGAAAUUUUGGUUGCUGCAGAUGAACUAGGAGUUCAUAAACUUAUUAUCUACUUACGAAAAUUUCUAAUUACGCAUACCGAUAAUUUCUUAAGAAGGGAUCCUGCAAAGAUAUUAUAUGCUAUAGCCAACCACGAGAUCUUUGAAGACCUUAAAGAAAUUUGCAUGGAGCCCAUUUUUACCGAUCCAAACAUCUUAUUUGGUUCUGAAAAUUUUCUAACAUUAAAAGAAAGCACAUGGAUGUUGAUUCUUAAAUCUGAAAAAUUUAUAGUAGAUGAAAUUCAAAUUUGGGAUUAUGUAAUUAAAUGGGGAGUUGCUCAAGACCCUAAAAUCAAAAACAAUGUUAAAGAUUUCGAGGAUCAAGAUUUUGAAACUUUGGGGAAAAGAUUGUGUAAUUUCAUUCCUUUAAUUCGAUUUCACGAGAUUUCCAUGGCCAAUUUUUAUCUCAGAGUGUGGCCAUUCGAGAGGAUUCUUUCUAAAGAGCUUGUGGAUGAUAUGCUUCAUUAUUAUAUGGUUUCUGAUGCCAAGCCGCGUUUUGACCUAUCUUCUCCAAGGAUUUCUUCCAUAUUAUUAAAGAAAGGACAUGUUAUUUUAUUUGCAAACUGGAUAGAUGCGACCGAUGAGUACGAAAGACUUUAUCAAGUCCCUUACAGUUUACGACUCCUUUACAGAGCUAGUCGGGAUGGGAAUAAAGCUAACAAUUUUCACCAAAAAUGUGACAAUCAAGGUGCUACUAUUGUGGUGGCCAAGGUUAAAGAUUCUGAGACGUUGGUGGGCGGAUACAAUCCAUUAAAUUGGAGUCGUGAUGGAUAUAAAUACACGACUAAAAGCUUUAUAUAUUCAAUUAAAGAUCUUAAUAGUAAUAGCGGUUUUACAUUAGGCCGCCUCGAAGGGUAUCCCAGUAAUGCGAUCUAUAAUAAUAGCGCAUUAGGUCCUGCAUUUGGAAAAGACGAAGAUUUAUGUUGUCGUUUUAAAAGUUGGUCUAGCAAUCAAGGUACUAGUCGUAAUAGCUACGAAAAUAUACAUCUUCCAAAUAAAUUUGAUGUAUCUGACUGGGAAGUUUUCAAAGUAGCGAUGAAAAAUUAA